CAGUAAUGCGGUGAACAAACAAGCAUUGCAUGGUGGCCAUCAACUCUUAAACCCUUAUCCGAACUCCUGCGCCAGUGGCGGAAACGAGCCCAGCGCCUCCGCUCAUAUUCCGCCUCCUCCCUUCCCUCUGUCCUUCCCUGCCGUCGACGCCAUGAGCGACACCGUCGACAAGCUGGUCGUCUUCCUCGCGAAGCGAGACGGGAUCGACAAGCUCGUCAAGACCUUCCAGUACGUCUCGAAGCUGGCGCACUGGCACGCCGAGUCCGCCCACCCGGGCCUCGCCGGCAGGGCCAAGAGCUGGGAGGUGGCCUCCGGGCUCAGCCGCAAGGCCUUCCGCUCCGGCCGCUUCCUCACCGGCUUCAACACCCUCCGCCGCAGCCCCGGGUCCACGCCUCUCCUCCGCUUCCUCGCGGUGUUCGCCAACGCCGGCGAGAUGGUGUACUUCUUCUUCGACCACUUCCUGUGGCUGUCAAGGAUCGGGGCGCUGGACGCGAGCCUGGCGCGGAAGAUGAGCUACAUCUCGGCCUUCGGCGAGGCGCUGGGCUACGUAUUCUUCGUCGUCAUCGACUUCAUCAUGAUCAGGAAGGGGCUGGCGGAGCAGAAAAAGGUGGAGAAAGCCGGCGACGGCGGGGGCAAGGAGGAGUCGAAGAAGAUAAGAGCUGAGAGGGUGAUGAGGUUGAUGGCAGUGGCUGCCAACGUAGCGGAUUUCGUCAUUGCCUUGGCUGACAUCGCGCCUAAUCCUUUCUGCAACCAUGCAGUCACGUUAGGGAUCAGCGGCCUUGUCUCAGCUUGGGCCGGUUGGUACAGGAAUUGGCCAUCCUAAUAACAAGACAAGGAAGCAACAAAGCAAGCAGUAUUUAUCGUUCGAGAUUAGUAUAUGAGUCUCUCUGGCAUGCAUGCAUGCAUAUAUUGUUCUGCUCCCAAGUAAUGUGUAUUCCACCAGUGAAUGCUUACGCUCUCCAGAAGAAGACGUUUAGAAGAUAAAAAGAGGACGAAUAUAGCAUUUCAGAAUAAUAAAAAAAUAUUUCAUUUUUAA